AAGCAGAACCUGGCUGUAUGUCAUUAGACAAGAGGCCGAAGAAGAAGAAGACUGUAAAGUGACGUAUCUAUUUUGGUAUUUGUCUAUGAUUGACUGUUUGAAAAACUUGUAAACAAAAUAAUAACAAAAGUGUACAUUUAGCAGGAUGUCGUUUCGAGGAGGCGGAGGCGGUAGAUUUUCGGGCGGCGGAGGCCGCGGCGGCGGCAGAGGCGGCGGUUUCCGCGGCGGCGGCGGCGGCAGGGGCUUCGAUCAGGGCCCCCCCGAGCGCGUCAUCCCCCUAGGCUACUACGAAAAGUCCGUGCAAGACGACCUGGUGUGCAAAGUCGAAAUCGAAGACGUGCCCUACUUCAACGCCCCCAUUUACCUCGAAAACAAGCAACAAAUCGGCAAGAUAGACGAGAUAUUCGGAAACAUCCGGGACUAUUGGGUCAGCAUCAAACUCGGAGACGACAUGAGAGCUGGAAGCUUCCAAGCAAACCAAAAAACCCCGCCAAGCUCCUUCCUCUGCACAGGUUCCUUCCGCAACCGCCCGGUGCUAAGAAGCGCGGCGGCGGCGGAAGAGGAGGAGGCCGCGGGGGAGGCGGUAGAGGUGGCAGGGGCGGUGGAGGAGGACGUGGAGGCGGCGGCGGCCGGGGGAGAGGAGGCGGAGGGUUCGGAGACCGAAGAGGAGGAGGCCGAGGCGGCUUCGGAGGUGGUCGUGGAGGCGGUGGAGGAGGAUACGGAGGUGGCGGUGGUGGAGGAGGAUACGGAGGUGGCGGUGGUGGAGGUUUUAAUAGGAAUAGCGGGGGUUUCAAUAGAGGAGGAGGCGGUGGUUUUAAUAGGAAUUCUGGAGGAGGUGGUAAUAAGUGGUAAAUGUGGUAAGAUAGAGGGAUUAUUCAUCGCCUCAACGAAACACGUAAUAUAA